GGGUGGGAGCAGCUGAAAGUCCGCUCUGGAGACUGGGCUGUCCUCUCGCGCGCGGCGCUGGCCGGGGCGGCGGCGAAGGAGGAGGGAGAGAGGCGGCGGUGGCGACGGCGAAAGAGGAGGGGAAGACGGGGGCGGCGUCGGACUGGAGCCGAUCGGCGGUGCGAGCUGCCCGGGGCGCAGUCGUGAGCUCGCCCGACGGGCCCCUACCCCGGAGCUACACCCUGCGGUGCCCAGCUCUGCCCACGUUUGUGCCCCCACGAGGAGCGCGCCGGGGCUGCCCCCCGAAUGACGGGCGGAAGGUUCGACUUCGACGAUGGCGGCACCUACUGCGGCGGCUGGGAGGAGGGCAAGGCGCACGGGCAUGGCAUCUGCACGGGGCCCAAGGGCCAGGGCGAGUACUCUGGCUCCUGGUCGCACGGCUUCGAGGUGGUUGGAGUCUACACCUGGCCCAGCGGCAACACCUACCAGGGCUACUGGGCGCAGGGCAAGCGGCACGGGCUGGGGGUGGAGACGAAGGGCAAGUGGAUGUACCGGGGGGAGUGGUCACAUGGUUUCAAGGGGCGCUACGGGGUCCGGCAGAGCUUGUGCACCCCCGCCCGCUACGAGGGGACCUGGAGUAACGGGCUGCAGGACGGGUACGGCGUGGAGACCUACGGGGAUGGAGGUACCUACCAGGGCCAGUGGGCUGGAGGCAUGCGGCAUGGCUACGGUGUCCGCCAGAGUGUGCCCUAUGGCAUGGCCACAGUGAUCCGUUCCCCGCUGCGCACUUCCCUGGCCUCGCUGCGCAGUGAGCAGAGCAACGGCAGCGUGCUGCAUGAAGCUGCAGCCGCAGCUGCAGACAGCCCGGCUGGAACAAGAGGUGGCUUCGUGCUCAACUUCCAUGCGGACACGGAACUGGGCAAGAAGAAGGGCGGCCUCUUCCGUCGGGGUUCCCUUCUCGGCAGCAUGAAACUCCGCAAGUCCGAAUCCAAGUCUUCCAUCUCCAGCAAGCGCAGCUCGGUCCGCAGUGAUGCAGCCAUGAGCAGAAUCAGUUCUAGCGAUGCCAACUCCACCAUCAGCUUUGGUGACGUCGACUGUGAUUUUUGCCCCGUGGAAGAUCACGUGGAUGCCACUACCACGGAAACCUACAUGGGCGAGUGGAAGAACGAUAAGCGCAAUGGCUUCGGCAUCAGCGAACGCUCCAAUGGCAUGAAGUACGAAGGCGAGUGGGCCAAUAACAAGAGGCAUGGGUACGGCUGCACUGUGUUUCCUGAUGGCUCCAAAGAAGAGGGAAAAUACAAAAAUAAUAUCCUGGUCCGUGGGAUAAGGAAGCAGCUUAUACCAAUAAGAAAUACAAAAACUAGAGAGAAGGUGGAUAGAGCAAUUGAAGGUGCACAAAGGGCGGCAGCCAUGGCCAGAACCAAAGUGGAAAUAGCAAACUCAAGGACUGCACAUGCCAGAGCAAAAGCUGAUGCUGCCGACCAAGCUGCACUGGCUGCUCGCCAGGAGUGCGACAUAGCAAGAGCUGUGGCCAGAGAGCUGUCACCUGAUUUCUACCAACCAGGCCCCGAUUAUAUCAAACAAAGAUGUCAGGAAGGGGGAGAUAUUAAAGAAAAUCCAGAAGAAAAGGUCCUAGAAAAGCCUCCGUCACCAAAGGAAUCUCCUCAUUUUUAUCGCAAAGGCACCACACCCCCCAGGUCUCCUGAGUCAAGUCCCAAACAGAGCCACUCUCCCCAGCCUUCCUCCCCAGAGCCCUCAAAGAAACAAAACCCCAGCCCAGGGGCAAGACUCAGUCAAGAUAAACAGAGCCUAGCUGAGGAACAAGUGACAGCCUUUGUCAAUAAACCCUCUAUGUCAAAGGCUCCCGCAAAAGAAUUGGGAGCAUCUGUGUCCAAGUACUCUGGCCGCCACCAUGUCCCCAACCCCAGCAACGGGGAGCUGCACUCUCAGUAUCACGGCUACUAUGUGAAACUGAACACACCCCAGCAUCCUCCAGAAGACAGGGAGGAUGACAGAGGAGUCAGCCAGUCUUCCUCAGCAUUGGUACCUAGACCAUCACCUAACAAGUGGGGUCCCCCUAAAUCUGUGACAAAACCAGUUGCCAAAGAAAGCAAAACUGAGCCAAAAGCAAAGAAGUCUGAACUUGCUAUACCAAAGAAUCCAGCAAGCAAUGAUACCUGCCCUUCCUUGGAAAAAGAAGCCAACUCUGGCCCUAAUUCCAUCAUGAUUGUCCUGGUCAUGCUGUUGAAUAUUGGGUUGGCCAUUCUUUUUGUUCACUUUCUGACUUGAUUGGAAUUAGGACAGGUAAGCAUAGCCUUAAUUUCUACACAUAAUCAUAGUAAUAUCGUUUUCUCUAAUUCCAAUUUACAAUUUCUUUUAAACAAUGGCAUUGUCCCUCACUUUAAUUUUGAAUGUGACUCAGUAUGGUUACUUAACUGCUAUAACUGUUUCGACUCAUCAGUGAAGUCAUGACAACUAGUAGAGUUAGCCCACAGUUCUGCCUUGGUGUCCACAUCCCAGUCCGACUCAGACACAGGCAAGGACGCUUAGAUCGGGAUGGGAUCACAAGAGAGAUGAAACUUGGAAAAUUCAGCCAGAGGACCUUUCACGUCCCCCAGCAAUGCUUUGUGUCUUUGGGGUCCUCUGAGAGCUGAAGCACCCAGCAUGGUGAAAAGCAAAACUUAAUAAUGAUUCUUUUUAAAACUUUUUAAAACUCUGCUGAAGCAGCCCCAUCCGGCGAAGUUCUCGACGUUGGCUACUCCAUCUGUCCUAGCAGAAUGUGACUAAACUGGAAAUGUAUGGACCUGCAGAUUUUUUUUUUUUUUUUUGAUAGAAGUCAACAGCUGCCUUACUAUUUUACCAUCUGACGUUUUUUUAGUAGGGAGCUGGAGAGAGAGGACUGCCAGAGGAAUGCAGUCUGAGGAUUGUGUUGCGGUGGGCGUGGCUCCAACAUUCACUCCUAUCUCAUUAGAAGUAGGUAGCACCGUCACUCAGCAGUCUUCUGCUGUGACCUGCUGCUUUAACAUCUCCUGGAAUGUUCUGGAAGGGAAUGUUUCAUUUGCUUGUGCACGACUCUGCUCAUUUCUGCUGUUGAUUUAAAUAUGAUGUAUGUCAUCUUCCACCUGCAGUCCUGGCUGGAUGAGAACACACUGGAAAAGCAGCAACAAAAGACUAGUUUAUAUCUAUAUAUAUCUAUAUAUACAUAUAUAUAUAUAUAUAUAUAUAAAAUGUAUGUAUGUAUGUAUAUAUAGUGUUUAUUUUAAUAGCAAUGCAUUGUUUUCAUGUUGUUUAUUCUUUUUAAACCAAUAAAGGGUUACUUAUCUUUAAAAUAUAGUGAUCUGAUGGUAUUAUACCUUCCAAAGAAAUAAUUUAAUUUUAAAUAUUUUUAACAUCAUUGAGGUGAGUUGUUGAUGCACUCAGGAGGUGUUAAGUUUUAAAAGCUGAAGGACAGACAACCGAAUACUAAGAAGUGAAGUCAAAAUGUUGCUUGGAUUGCAGUAAUCAGUGGUUACGGGUUCAGUUUCAUUGCUGACGUACGUUACAACCAAAUAAAAUCUUGUCAGUGGCUCUAUUAAUUCCCAUGAAAGUUAAGCAAGAUCUAUUAAUAGCUACUCUUCUCUUUCUCCACCCCACCCCCAACGCGAAUUUUGGUUGAAUGCCUUCAGGUGUUUAAGCUUUGUUAAGUCACUGCCCCUUCUCUGCCUUCAAUGUUUUUCAAAGUUGUUUUGUAAUUCUAUAUUAAAUUUUAAAGACUUAGACGGUUUUAUUUUAAAUAUUUGUCUUUUGCUGUCCUAUAUCAUUCUGAUAUUGAUUUUUUUCUAUUAAAUAAUUUAUUCAGAAGCAUGCUUACUUAGGGAAACUACAUGAUCUUUAUAAAAAAUAAUUAUUUAAAAAGAAAUCAGGGUAGGAAAGGUAUGUCUGAGUCUCUUAAAGGCAUUACCUGGUGGAGGGGGAAGUCUUCCUAACUUUUGUCCAUGGUGUCAUGGUGUCAGCCGAGUCUCUCCCUUAGGAGCCUUUGCAGAGCAGAAGGGACAGUGCGUGUCACUCCACUGGCAGCACAGGGGAGGACUGAGUGCUUCAUCACCUUCUGGAUAGUAAGCCAGCAGUGGCUUCUCCAGAAGGGCGAUAUAUUGAGACUUUAGGGUAUGACCAGUAUGGAUUAAGGAAGAAGGCAGAAAGAGAGCAAAUAAAAAUCAAAUUACAACUUGUAUAUUUAUUUUUUACAUUUUGCUUUGACUUUUAAAUUUAGGGAGUCCAUUUUUACUCAAGAGCAAGCUAAGUUCCUCUGUCGUCCCCACAGUCUCCCUGCCCCUUCCUCCCCUGUAGCUCCUUAUGCUGGGAAGGCUGGGUUUUUUGUUUUUGUUGUUGUUGUUGUUGUUGUUGUUGUUUUUUAAGAAAAUAGACUAUUUAAUAUUAUUAAGUGUUUAUUUAAAUGUGUAAUGCUUUGAAAAUAAUGGGCAACAGAGAACUAAAAGAUGUUUAUGAAGUGAGCUUGUUGGCUACAUUUAUAAAUAUAUAUGAUUUAUAAGCUUUUUUAAAACAAUGCUCAAAUUGUGGGUAUUUUUCUAAAAUGUGCACAGUUGUAUUUUCCAUGAAGGAUCUUUCUAAUGGGUUGUUAUACUGUACUCUACAUUUUGGACAGCACGUGAAGUCUGCCAAUGUACUUAAUAAAACAUGACUUUGUUUAUUUAAAGUUUCUUUCUGUGAAAAAAAAAAAAACCACCUCCCUACUGGUGGGUUCCUUAAUUUAUAAUCCUUGAAACCAAAAUGUAUAAUGUACAGUUUGUACAACUGUAACUGCCCUAAUAAAAAUGUUGGUUAUUAAUAAAA